CAAAUGACGGGAGCUAUGUCGCAGAGAAAUGUGUCACAAAGCCAUUCGAAAUGACUAUAAUAUUUCCGGGAAAAGGAUAUUUCUUGUGACGGAACUACGAACAUGAAGAUUGUGGUUAAAUCGCAGCAGUAUCAUCCUGAUAAUGCAGAAGAUGUUCAUGCGAUGAAGACAGAGAUCUUCUGAGGAUCAAAACGCAAUGGAACGGAAACCGUUUGGAGUCCAGCUCAAAACUACGGGGGUCAGCGUCACGCGGAACCUGAGUCACGUGACCAGCACCACCACAACCACCACCAUGUCGUCAACGCGGGCCAGCAUUCACACGCCGCUCAAACCGGCCAACGUCAAAGAUCUGAAGGCGAAGUUUGAUUCGUCUAAGAAGGAUGGCGGAACUCGGCCAACCGUGACCAAUGACUCCACUUCUUCUUUAUCUUCUUCUACUUCUGCUGCUGUUGCCAGUUCUGCGCCUAACUUGAAACCACGGGAGACAUCUGGUGUACAAAUUGUACGGGUUUCGUCGACGUCGUCAUCUUCAUCCGUAUCAUCACCCCCGACAACAAGAAGAACAAAAUUUAAUACGCAGACUUCAAGUGGGUCAUUAGGCGGUGGUACGAAAAGUGAUUCCACAGAGGACCUGUUGGCGAAGUACCGGUCUAACAGAACUGGUUUGUACCGGAAUGAACAGACGUCUGCCGAGAGCAAACAGAUGUCUGCUUUGAGCAAGCAGACGUCGGAUUCAAGUAGGCAGACGUCAUCGGAGACCAGGCAAACGUUUAUGGAGUUGAAAUCCAGCAGGACUAAAACCUCACUUCCUGGUGGUGAUGUCUCAGUGCCAAAAUUGAACCUCCGUCAGUUAUCGUCGGAUCAAAUGGAAAUUCUCUGUGGUUCUUCGUCGCCCCAAAGCGAUUCUCGGAAAUCUUCAGAGUCACCCCGAAGUGAUUCGAGGAAAUCUUCAGACUCCAGCCCCAGGAGCUCUGCAAGCAGCAGUCCGAGACUGAUCGGAAAAGUCAAACCAAAAUACUUUCCUUCUAGUCGCAGUAGCUCAGUUAAAUCGGAUAGCGGGCGGGUCGAGAUUCCGAUUGAGCAUCAACAAGGUGUGUCAAGUUCCGAUAGCGUCCCAAGUGCCAUUACAUCAUCUAGACAGUUCUUCACCAAAACCAGUGUCUCGGAAUCCCAGCCUCGGUAUGGGCAGGUGAUGGUCACCGAAGGACGAUUCAGAUCAAAUGGAACGAGUUCCAACCCAGAGUCGCCUCGUAAAAUUAACAUAAGUCCAAAGCAGUCGGUCGAUGGACCGAUUCCAUGGUCUGUGAAAACAGAUACGUUUCAUGUGGAAAGUUCUAAAGAAUUGUUAGAGUCUUCGGGAUGGUUGGAAAAGAAAAAUGCCAGAAAUAUAUUAAGUAAUUUUGUGAGUACGCAACGGUCGAUUAAAAGUGAUGAAAAAACAAGAGAGAUUCCUAUACAGAGAUUGAAAUCGGCUGACAAAGCAAAACAGGAAAAAACUGGUUUAUCCAGCAGUAAUGACACUCCGUCAAAGAGGCAGACCUCUUUUGAGAGUAAAACCACAUCUGUCCUGAAGAACAACAAAGAGUCCAAAAGAAGUAUCCAGAAGGUCCAGUUUGGUGCUACUUCAAAUGCUGGGGGAGUGAAAUCAAGCGUGCUAGUUUCCAAACAACAGAAACUUUCAGUCGAAAAGGCAUCCAGCGUCGACUCUCCCAAACUGUCGCCAAUAAACAGGAAGGCUGCAGUCUCGCGCAAGAUGAGUUCAGAGCGGUUUGAGCGACUCAAAUUCGACUUUGAGCGAGGGGUCGCGCCGAACGCACAGGAGCGGCGUGGGUCCGAAUCCACCGACCACCUAGAGUUAAAGAAGAAAGUGAACGAACUCGCAAAGGAGCCGCGAGAGGUUAAAAUCACCAAAAGCGAUUCGUUCAAGAGGAAAGAAGAGUCGAUAUUCGCCAGUGGGCUGAAGGUGUCAGACUUCGUCCAGCAGGUGAAUCAGCUGAAUCCGGAACCGCCAAAGAACGCCGGACGCAAGUGGAAGAACCAGCAGUCGAAGCUGAAGCGGUCGUCGGUGGUGAUAGAAGACGGGGUGGAGAACGAGUAUCUGGAGGUAUCCGACGGAGAUACGUCCGACACGUCGUUCAGCGAGGGGAUAUACGAGCUGGUGCCGGACAUGAAACCAUGCGAAGCUGAAGAUUUUGACAACAACACUGAGUCAGCAUUGACCAUCAGCCGCAGAAAGCGUUUCUUGAAAACAUUUGGUGAUCUCUUGAAGCAGAAGGGGGUGAAAAAGCCGAGUUUCAAGGUCCGUAACAAGUCGGAGUCUCUGUCACACAGUAAGAGACUGAGUCAGCGCUCGCUCAGCACUUCAGAUCUUCAGGACAACUCUGAGAAUCCCUCGGAAGGUGAUGAGGACUGGGAGACAGACAGUAACAGCACCACCUAUGAGCCGGUCGAUGACGAGAAUCUCUAUGAAGAAGCCGGCUUCAGCGACGAAGAGAAGGAGAAGAAGAAGAAGAAAAAGAAAGCGAAGGACGGAAGUUCCAUCGGACUCAAGCUCUCGGCCCAGGCCACCAGCGUGCUCAACCGAAUUGGCAACCGGCUGGUGAAGAUCGGCAAGAAUAAAGGUGACGGUGGUGGUUCAGCCGGGACCGAUUCCGAUGCCGACACGGUGGAUGAAGCGUUUGUUGAUGAUAUGGACAAGCCGUCGUCACUGUCGCGCAGUGGUAGUGAGCGGAGUAGCGGUCGUAGGAAACAGAAAGAUACAAGUGAGACGACCGUCCCUAAGACGUCCGGUGGAGAAACGUCAACAUCCCCACCAUCACUUCCGCCACCAAUGCCAAAAACCCGCACGUCGAAACCUGUCGCUCCGGAUCAAACCCCACCACUGCCACCACGAUCGUCCGUGAUCCUACAGCAACCCAUCGUGAAGAGUUCUCCCCCUUUACCUCCCCGAAAUGUGUCUUCCAGCGGCUUGGGCCUCGACACUGUGGUACCAGUGGAUCCAACAACCGAUGCAAAGAGAACGAGUAUCAUGAAGAAGGGAUCGUAUUUGUAUGGACAGGAGAUGAAGACGGACGACUCCACUGAUGGCGCAGAAGAAAAAGAACCCUACAUGGACUAUGAUCCAGCCUCUUCUGGCACCAUUUCCAAGAAGUCGUCGACUACCUCUUCCUACAUUUACCCCGACGCUGAAUCAUGGUGUAGUUACCCACUUGCCCCUUCAGAGGACAGUGGACUCUACCUUGAACUGGAUGACGAUCAGGUGUACGGCCAGCUGGGUCAGAACUUCACGACGACCUUUGAAUCAGAGCCUCUGUAUCAGUUUUAUACCAAGGACUACAUCCGCACCAGUCGCAAGUUGCAGAUGGACAAAUCCAUCGCAGAUGAGUCUGUUGUGGUGAAAAAAGGUAAAGCGUCUAAGUCAUCCAAAAAAGGCAAACAAAAGAAAAAAGAUGGUGGUAUCUACGAGGAUGUUGAGCAUGUAACCAAGGAUCUGGAACCACCGCAGGAAGACGAUGUGGAGGUAGAGAGUAAGAGUUCGGACGACUCGUCGCCCACCAAACACCUGACGAUGAUGGACAUGCUCGGCCACGGCGGCUCACUGCACCGCGCGCUCUGGUGCGAGAUGCCCGAGGUAAAGUCUGCUGGGACUCUGGACAAAAUAGAUGACCAAGAACGCAAGAUUCAGGAGGCGAUGUUUGAGAUUAUCACAUCAGAAGCGUCAUACCUGAAGAGUUUGAAUAUUCUCAUCAGCGUUUUUCUGAUGGCGCCCGAGUUCUCCUCGGAUCAUUCUGACCGGUGUGUCGUUACGAAACGAGAACGUCAGGUCUUAUUCUCAAACAUUGGUACUAUCCGAGAUGCCAGUGAAAGGUUUCUCUACGACUUGGAGUGUCGCUGGCAGGAGUCGUGUCUGAUGUCGAAUAUUUGCGACAUCGUUUUCAAACACUCGGAAGAAAACUUUGAGCCGUACGUGCGGUACACUAGUAACCAGGUCUUUCAGGAGAGAAUGUUGGAGAUGCUCAAGAAGAGAACGGAGUAUGUGGAAGCUGUGCGCCGACUGGAACAGAACCCUCAGUGUCAGAGUCUGCCGAUGUCGUCCUUCCUUCUCCUCCCCAUGCAGCGAAUCACACGUCUGCCUCUUCUCGUCGACUCCGUCUGUCACCGCCUGGAGCCCGGGACAGACAGACACACGGUCUCGCAGAAGGCUCUACAGUGCCUCAACAGGGUUGUGAAAAGAUGCAAUGAUGGUGCUAAGAAGAUGCAACAAACCGAACAGAUGUGUUUGUUAGUCAACCAUUUUGAUUUCAAGGUCAAGGAAAUCCCACUGGUUUCGGCGUCUCGGUACCUUGUCAAACAAGGGGAGCUAACUCGUAUUGUGAGUGACACAGGAAGUAGGAUUCCAUUUGGGAAGGCGUUCCGAGGGUCCACCAAACACAACAUCUGGCUGUUUCUCUUCAACGACAUCUUACUCAUCGCCAAGAAGAAAGGGACCAUGUUCUCGGUGACCGACUACUGUCAGAGGAACUCUCUACACGUGGAGAAGAUCGACAGCACGGAGAAGUGUCGCCACCUGCCACUAGGUAUCCCCAGUGGCUGCAAGAGUCUCUUCCUCAUGGUGAUCCUCGAGAACCACGAGAAGAAACAAGUCGAGAUGGUCUUGUCGUGUAAUUCGCCGAGUGAUCGGACUCGAUGGAUUGAUGCGGUUAACCCGGUCCGUUCUAAUGACGAGACUGAAAGAAUUUAUGAAGACUGGGACUGCCCACAGGGUCAGUGUAUACGGAAGUAUUCCGCUAGAGAACCAGAUGAACUCGGUCUUGAAGAGUCCGAUAUCGUCAAUGUGUACAAGAAAAUGUCCGACGGGUGGUACGAAGGGGAGAGAAUUCGUGAUGGAGAGCGCGGCUGGUUCCCUGCCUACUGUAUCGAGGAGAUCGUGAACUCCCACGUGCGCGCCCGGAACCUCCGCAUGCGAUACAGACUCCUGAUGGCCUCACAGAAUCUCACAGAGGCCAAUCGGAUGUCACACGCAUAGUCAGACGCUUUAGUCAGUAAUGAACAUACAAUGAAAUUGAGAAAUGGCAUCACAGAAUUUGACUAAGAGGCCAAUCGGAUGUCACAUGCAUAGUCAGCUAGUUUAAUGAACAACAGAGGUAUAAAGAAAUUGAGAAAUGGCAUCACAGAAUUUGACUAAGAGGCCAAUCUGAUGUCACAUGCAUAGUCAGAUGAUUUAAUGAAUAACAAGAGGUACCAAGAAAUUGAGAAAUGGCAACACAAGAUUUUACAAAAGUGUGCAAUGGAAUGUCCAAGACAUGAUAAAACUGUUUCAUUAACAAGAUUUAUAAAAGUUAACAUUUGAUGCCAGAGGAUCUGAGAGAGGGGCCAACAGAAUGUCCAAGACAUGAUAAAACUGUUUAAUUAACUAGUUAUAAAAGCUAAUAUUUGAUGCCAAAGCAUCUGAGAGAGGGGCCAAUGGCAUGUCCUAUGCAUGAUAAAACUGUUUAAUUAAAAACAGAGGAAGAAGGUAACAAGUAAUACUGCAGGAUCUGAUAAAGGCCAAUGGAAUGCUCCACCUGUGAAAAAAACACUUUUCAAUUAAUAACGAACAUAGAAAGUAACACUUGAAUUUACAGGAGCUGACAAAAGGCUAGUCGUAUGUCACACGCAUAAUCAAAAGUUGUUAAUUAAUUGACAACUUGGGUAGAAAUGAACACUCGUCAUCACAGGACCUUACAGAGGCCAGUUAAAUAUCAUGCAUAUCACCAAAGUGUUUUAAUUAACAACAGGGGUAGAAAUUAACACUCACCGAGUAGAAAACAUUAGAGACUAGCAGAAUUGGGUUUGUAAUUAGCAACAUUGAACAUUGGGGAUGGGGUCAUGGCCACUAUGUGCCUGCCUGUACCAUAGCCCAUGACUUGUAACGUUUAUAGGCUGCUAGUCCCCCUCCACAGCAAUGGAACUACUUCUAAGGCCUACCUUCCAUUAACACGAUUUGGCGAGUGUUUCCUAGUGCGAGUUUAUACAUACAGUGCAUUUACACAUCAUGCUGAAAGAAGGAAGGAAGGAAGGAAAUGUUUUAUUUAACAACACACUCAACACAUUUUAUUUAUGGUUAUAUAAUGCGUCGGACAUAUGGUUAAGGACCACACAGAUAUUGAUGGGC